CCUGGCGAAACUAAUCCCACUAGCCGGUGUCAGGAGCUAUAUAUAACCACCUUCAUUGUAGCUCGCUUCCUUGUACCCCAUCACCGGCCGGCCUCGAUCAAUUCCCUUUGCCUAGCUGCUGCUUGCUUUCUUCUCCGAUCCGAUCCUUCUCAAUGGUGGUCGACAUCUGAAGAGUCAUACAUCUGAUUAUACACUACUCCUUGCUCCUGCUAGAUAGAUUAUUGGCCGUUGCAGCUAGCUCGCACACUAGCAGCUUAGCUAGUUAACUUGCACUAGUGAUCAUCAUGAGCAUCUCGGUGAACGGGCAGUCCGUGGUGCCGCCGGGGUUCCGGUUCCACCCCACGGAGGAGGAGCUGCUCACCUACUACCUCAAGAAGAAGGUGGCCUCGGAGCGCAUCGACCUCGAUGUCAUCCGCGACGUCGACCUCAACAAGCUCGAGCCAUGGGACAUCCAAGAGAAGUGCCGCAUCGGGUCGGGCCCCCAGAACGACUGGUACUUCUUCAGCCACAAGGACAAGAAGUACCCGACGGGCACGCGCACGAACCGCGCCACGGCGGCCGGGUUCUGGAAGGCCACCGGCCGCGACAAGGCCAUCUACACCUCCGCCCGCCGCAUCGGCAUGCGCAAGACGCUCGUCUUCUACAAGGGCCGCGCCCCGCACGGCCAGAAGUCCGACUGGAUCAUGCACGAGUACCGCCUCGACGACGCCCACCCCGCCGCCGGCGGCGACGACCCCUACUACCCCUCGCAGCCGCCCUCCUCCGCUAUCCGCGGCGCGGCGGGAGACCAAGCGACGCAGGAGCAGGAGGGGUGGGUGAUCUGCAGGGUGUUCAAGAAGAAGAACCUCCUGCACCACGGCCAGAGCAGCGGCGGCGGCGGCGCCGCCUCGGCGACAGGCGGCCACGCGGCGGCCUCCAAGAUGGCGGCGCCCAUGGAGGGCAGCCCGAGCAACUGCUCGUCGGUGACGGUCAGCGACCACGCCAAGGCGCAGAUGCUCCACCACUCCGCCAGCGACGACGCGCUCGACCACAUCCUCCAGUACAUGGGCGGCAGGCCCUGCAGCAGCAACAAGCACCACCAGGACACCAAGCCCGCGCUGCUGGAUCACCACCACCACCACCACCACCUGGCCGCAACAACUACGGCGGCGUGCCACGGCAGCAGCCUCUACGGGAAGUUCAUGAAGCUCCCGCCCCUCGAGCACGCCGGCGGCGGCGGCCUGCUCCCGAGCCCUGGCGAGUACGGCGCCGCCGACGCGUCGGGGAUCGCCGACUGGGACACGCUGGACCGGCUGGCCGCGUACGAGCUCAACGGCCUCUCCGACGCCUCCAAGAGCAUGGCCGCCUUCUUCGAUGAUCCCAGCAGCACCGCCGCCGCCGCGGCCUUCUCCUCCGCCGCGCACGCGACCGUCGCCGGCGACGGCGACCUGUGGAGCCUUGCGCGGUCGGUGUCGUCGUCGUUGCACGCGGACUUGACGAUGAACAACGUGUAGUAGCUAUCGACAGCCCAGACACAACACAGCUUCUAUCCAUGCAUUGCCGCGCCACUAACUCCAUCUCCUCGCGUGUGCUAGCUCGUGCGUGCUCCCGUGCAUGGCCGCCGUAUCGCACGCUCGCACGCACGUGUGUACACAGUACACUGUACACGUACGUGAAUGAAUAAUUUCUAGGGAGACA